AUGGAUAUGCAGGUGAGGCUCCGCCUCCCCACGUCGCUCGUCAGGUCUAGCAGCACGCCCACGUGUACUCAGAAUGACCUUGCUUUACUAUUCGCAAAAAUCCUGUGGGAUAGAUUGAGAAACUGGCUCAAAACUGCCAAGGGUGUGUGCCCCUCUGACGAAGCGAAAGAGUUCCGUUUGGAUAGCUUGGAGAAGGAGAUCACUGCAUUGGAGAGUGAAUUUUCAGGGGAAGACCAGUGCAUAGGAUUUUGCCACAAUGAUCUCCAGUAUGGCAACAUCAUGAUUGAUGAAGAGACCAAAGAACUGACCAUCAUUGACUACGAGUAUUCAAGCUUUAACCCAGUUGCCUAUGAUAUCGCAAACCAUUUCUGCGAGAUGGCUGCGGACUACAAUUCAGAAGAGCCUCAUCUACUGGACUACACAAAAUAUCCAGAUUUCGAUGAGCGGAAGAGGUUUGUGCAGACCUACCUGAUCUCUCCAGAAUUAGUAGCAGGAUUGCUCAAGUCAUAUAAAGAAAACUAA